AUGACUUCAGUGUCCGACACUUUUGUAACUAUUAAAUCGCAACAAUCAGUACAGACAACUCCCGGUGUAACUGAGCCCGAUAAUUCAAGCGAAGACGAAUACUACGAAACAAAUCAAAACUAUUUUGAAUCACAAUAUGAGGAGUGGUCGCGGAUAGGGAGGGGAGGGUUCGGCACAGUGUAUAAGGGGAGACAUAAGUUGGAUGAUGUCGUUUACGCGAUUAAAAUUGUCAAUUUUCGAGCAUUUAGUGAUGACCACAAACAGCGUGUGUUAAACGAAGUGAAAUGUUUGGCAAAAGUGCGCUCACAAUAUGUGGUACAGUAUCACAAUUCAUGGCUCGACGACAACAGCACUCAACUGUACAUUCAGAUGGAGUAUUGCCCGCAAAACCUGCGCAAAGUAUUGGCCGACAAAGCGCUGGCAUUUGGCAGACAAUCGGCGGCCGAACCCAUGAAUUCGUUUGAGUAUUUCAUUUCGUGUGAAAUAUUCAAAGAGCUCUUAGAGAGUGUCCAGUAUUUACAUGAAUUAAAACCUCAGAUAAUACAUCGCGAUCUAAGCCCGGAUAACGUACUGAUUGUACAUGGCUUAAGUAAUGAUAAUAACAAUCACGGCCGGUUUGUUAAACUAUGUGACUUUGGUCUGGCCACUUUACACGACCCAAAAUUGCACUAUAAGACUGAAUAUAAGCAUACGGGAGACAGAGGGCGAAUACAUUACCAAGCGCCCGAAGUGUCCACUGGUAAAAAAUAUGGCCACAAAUCAGAUGUCUAUAGCCUGGCUAUAAUCGGCGAAAUGUUAUUUGAUCUAAAUGUUAACGACAAUUUAUUGAAUACAUAUCCGGAGGAUCACCCGCUAAGAGCACCGGUUGUGUGUUUGCACCGUAUAUUACAGUCAAUGAUGUCAUACCCGGUAUGGGAUAAAAGGCCUGAGUGUGAGGAAGUGUUGGCCGACUAUAACAAGUGGUCUAUCAAUAAGACUGUUGUCGCGAAUCACAAGGAAUUUAAUGAAGUGUUAAAUAGACUCACAUCUAAUGAUAAUUCAUGGAAAGGCAUUUACCUAAAGCCAAAUUUAUACGACACAAACACCAAUUUAAAUGAAUACAUUAAACUGGAUUCCGGACAAUGCAAUGCUUUUUAUGAAAUUGACUACAAUUACAACAAGAAUGUCAUCAUAUGGUUGGGUAGCCAUGUGUCGAACGGCCCGUCCCUAUACGGAGCGCCAAUAGACCCAACAAAACCAUCGAUGUUUAACAAACCACACAAAUUGUUGAAUCUGACGCACAAAUCGGAGAGAUUGGCCAUCGAUUGGAUCCACGACUUGGUCUACAUAUCUAUGCCCGAUGGCAUUGAAGUGAUAAGUAUUGGCCAUAAAGACCAGUACUAUAGCUAUGAUGUGAUACAACACAACGAUAUACAGGGAGAUGUGUCCGUCGAUCCCAUACACGGACUACUGGUGUGGUUGCAGUUUAACUGGGAAAAUGAUCACUACUCGGGUAGUAUAAUGCGGGCCAACCAGGACGGCUCCGACCCAACAGUGCUGUCACAUAUAACAAAUACAAAAAUACCCAGAACUGUAGCCCUCGAUAUUGAGGGACAAAACUGCUCAAAAUGCAACCGAACAGUAAUGGUUAAAAUACCCGCACACCAUAACGGUCGACAGCAAAUGCAUACCACAAACCGGUGCGCGAACUUAAACUGCACUCACAUGUGUCUACCCGUACAGCGAGACUAUCGGUGCGUUUGUGAUAAGAAUGCCAAUCAAUUUGCAACGAUCUGUACCGACAAACCCAUACUUCACAUCAAUUCAAUCGAUAUCUGUUUAUUAAACAACUCCCAUCACAUGGAUAGUCACCGCAUUUGUAUCAAUUGA